UUCAAGGGAAGCUGUCAGCCCAUACGCAUCAUAAACAAUAUUGGGCGCGUGGAAAGCAGCGUCGCGUAGCUCCCCCUAAACAAAAAUCAGAACAUCCUACGCAUUCCCAGAAAAAAGCGACCAACCGGCACCAUAACCAAGAGACUGCGAGUGCCCCGAUCGAACCAUGUCCGGAAUAGCAGCAUCGCGACUCGGCGAGGAGCGCAAAGCUUGGCGCAAGGAUCACCCGUACGGCUUCGUCGCACGUCCGGUGAAGAACACCGACGGAUCGCUGAAUUUGAUGACCUGGGAGUGUGCCAUUCCCGGCAAGAAGGGCACUGCCUGGGAGGGUGGACUGUACCGCCUGAAGAUGAUAUUCAAGGACGACUAUCCGACGAGCCCGCCGAAGUGUAAGUUCGAGCCGCCGCUGUUCCACCCGAACGUGUACCCCUCCGGGACGGUGUGUCUGUCGCUGCUGGACGAGGAGAAGGACUGGCGCCCGGCCAUCACCAUCAAACAGAUCCUGCUCGGCAUACAGGAUCUGCUGAACGAACCGAACAUCAAGGAUCCGGCCCAGGCGGAAGCGUACACCAUCUACUGCCAGAAUCGGCUGGAGUACGAGAAGCGCGUGCGUGCACAGGCCAGAGCAAUGUCGUCGGCCGACUAAGCGGCCCCCGCGGUUACGCGGAUCUAAUGGAAAUAAAUUUAUUUAACCCCACUACAA